AUGUCCAAAUCAUUCACUCCCGCUGACGUCGCGUCUCACAACAGCCCCGACAAGGGCCUCUACAUCAUCGUCGACUCGAGCGUGUACGACGUGACGGAAUUUAUCAACGAGCAUCCUGGCGGUGCUAAGAUCCUGAAGCGCGUCGCGGGCAAGGAUGCUUCGAAGCAGUUUCGGAAGUAUCACAACGAGGGCGUGUUGAAGAAGUAUGGGCCCAAAUUGAAGAUUGGAGAGGUGAAGGAGGCUGCGAAGUUGUAG